CUUCAAUCCGCUGCUCUUUCACUAGAGCACACAAUAAACACCAUCAUGCCUGCUGACGCCCAGACCACAUUCCCCCAGGACGAGGUGCACCACGCCGUGUCCAACGGUAUUGGCGCACCCGAGUUCAACCUACCGUUGCCUGACAGACCUGAGAUCAUCACCGCCAACAUCCUCAAACUCCUCGAGCAGGCGCAUGACCCACGCUUACGCUUUCUCCUCAAGACCCUCACCCGACACAUGCACCAGUUCAUCACGGAGACGAGCCUGACGACGGAUGAGUGGAUGAAAGCCAUCGAGUUCCUCACUCGCGUCGGCCAGACGUGCACGCCGAUUCGCCAAGAGACCAUCCUGCUCUCGGAUGUGUUCGGUAUCUCCGCGCUCGUGGAUGCAAUCAACAACCCUCCCGCGGCGGGUGCGACGGAGUCCAGCGUUCUAGGGCCGUUCUUCACCGAGGAUGCUGCCGAUGUCGAGCUCGGCCACUCGAUUGCAUCGGAGGGCAAGGGCGAGUACAUGUUCGUCGAGGGUACUGUGAAGGGUACGGAUGGUAAGCCGAUACCGAACGUCACGAUCGAUACUUGGGAGACGGACGACCAUGGCUUCUACGACACCCAGUACACCUCGCGCGAAGCGCCUGACUGCCGUGGCCGUCUACGUACCGACUCAGAAGGCCGGUACAGCUAUCGCGCUGUCGUGCCCGUUCCAUAUCCUAUCCCCGGUGACGGCCCCGUCGGCGAGAUGCUCCUCAACAUGCGGCGACACAACAUGCGUCCCGCGCACCUGCACAUGAUGUUCGAGGCGCCCGGCUAUGCCAAGCUCGUCACCGCGUUCUACCCUGCUGGAGACGAGUUUAUACAAAGCGAUGCAGUAUUUGGCGUGAAGAAGAGCUUGGUCGUGAACCUCGAGCAAGUUAACGACCCUGAACGCGCUAAGGCACUUGGGUUCAAGCGUGCCGAAGGAUUCAAGUACCUCCGGAAAGAUAUUGUCAUGCGGACUGAGGCUGAGGCGCGCGAGACAAGGACGCAGAUCGACGAGAAGACCGGUCUGCCGCUGUUUGAUGAUUGAAAGUAUGAGCUAAGCCUCUAGUGGCUUGAUAUGGGUUAGGCCGCGAAACUCGGGUGCGACGUGUGUGGUUAACAGAUGCAGGGACCUUCAACGGUAGUUUUGUUUUAUAUCCAGGACGUGACUUAAUGAGCCAGUAGCUUAGCUGCUUUCCAGAUAGGCUACGUGUAUAUUUCCGCACUCAACUGCAUACUCCUUCACAUGAUCUAUAUAAUACUCAAUAUAGGAACUCAGAUCGUUUGAAC